CAAAAUCCAGCAGAAAAGGUAAAGCUUUUAUUUCGGGUUCCCCUCAACUAGGAUACGUCUAAUCAAUCCCCGUUGCACUCGAUAAAAAUUCCGUGUGUUACGAUACAGAGAGGAUAUACACAACAGUUAGCUUCCAUUCACGAGGUACGGUGUGGCAUAUAUGAUAUGUAAUCCUCAUCAUAAAAUCCAUCCGCCAAGGCUUUGGGCUAUUAAAGACCAUGUCCAACUGUCCGGUCCACUACACGUAGUUUCUAUUUUUAGUUCGUUGAAAACCCGUAGUUCGUCGUCAAUCAAACCAUUUCGCAACCAUUCUGCCCAUAUCAUCCCGUUUAUUUUUAAAAUAACCAGAAAACUGAUAUUUUUAGCCUGCCACACACACCCAUCAAACGCUGAUUGCCGAAGAAUUUGAGCCUGACGUGUUUCGGCAACUCAUAGAAUACAUUCACACCGGUUGCGUUACCCUUCAACCUAGAACUUUGCUCGGAGUGAUGAAUGCGGCUGACUAUUACGGACUGGACGAACUGCGUCGAUCGUGUGUAGGUUUUGUUCAGUGCUGCAUCAAUGUCGACACUGUUUGUGCCCUUUUGGCUUCAGCAGAACGCUACAUCCAGUACAAAUGCACCAAAUCUCUAGUUCAAAAGGUUUUAGAAUUUGUUGAUGAACAUGGAAAUGAAGUAUUGAAUUUGGGAUCAUUUACACUAUUGCCGCAACAUGUUGUCCGUCUUGUUCUGUGUCGAGAUGAACUCAAAGCGGAUGAAUUCACAAAAUUUCAAGCUGCUUUGAUGUGGUCGAAAAAAUAUUGCGACAGUAAUCCCAACAUCAGCCUAAAAGAAACGUUGUCCAACUUUUUAGAAUUCAUCCGAUUUCACCAAAUUCCAGCUAAUGUUUUGAUGCGAGAAAUCCAUCCAUUGGGAUUGGUACCAGAUCAUUUAAUCAUGAAUGCAUUGGCGUACCAAGCCGAUCCGACUUGCGUAGACCCAGCUAAAUUGUCACCUACUCCGCAACGUGGCGGUAGGAGACGAUCUCAAGCCCGUUCCAUGUCAGUCCAGUCGUCACUCGAUCCGUACGGAUCGUCCACCACGCUCAAUAGCGAAAGCGCUUCUUCUGAAAUUGAGUCCAGUCCUCGCUUAAGUUCCGAUGGAAGUCGAGGUUCACCAUUGGGGCGUCUCUCUAAUUAAUUUAUUUUUGCUGUUAAUACUCUUAUGCACUUUGCCCAAAACAGAGUUGUAACUAUUAAUUUCAACGUAUGUAUGUAUAUGUAUGUUUGUAUUUUUUGGGGUCAAACCAUAAGUAUACGGUGUAUGAAUUUGUCGAACGUACAAUUAAAACGCAUAGGUCGUCCCGUCAA